AUGGAAAUUGUUACUUCAGAGUUAGGAAUUAGGUCUAGCAUUCUGAUUCAUUCAUUCAAGCAUCACAAGAUUUUGUACUUCUGUUACCCAUUCUUUUUACUGAAAAACAAGAAGAAAAUUAGGCAUUCAACUGUGUUUUUAUUUCAAGAGUUUGAUACUACACUUGCUAUGGUGCAAGUAAACCGUGGUUCACCAUAUUCUGCCUCAGAGCACGAACAAAGUACCGAUAAUCUCAAUCAAGAUCAGAAUGCAGAUAAAUAUGAGCUGGAAACAGAGAUAGGGCAAGAGCAAGAUACUGGGAUGCCCAAAGAAGAGUCUGAGAAUGAACAUUUGGUAGAUGAUCAAGAAACAAAUCAAGAAGAUGGUAAUGAUGAUGAUCAAGAAACAAAUCAAGAAGAUGGUUAUGAUCAUCGAGAAGAAGAGAAUAGUCAAGAAGGAUUUGAUGAAGAUCAUCAAGAAGAAGUGGAAGAAGAGAAGCCACCUGUCAGCAGCACUGCUAUACUACUAACAGAUGAAGAAGUAAAUCAAGAAAACAAUUCAGAGGCUGACUCAGUGGAAGAUGAAGGAGCAGAAGAUAGCCGGAAAAGGGGAAGAGAAUCCUGCACAGAGGAAAAUGAAGAACAACGCGCAAAGAAGAAAAAGAAGAAGAUGACGGGAAAGGACAAGAAGAAGAAGAUCAACAAAUAG